AUGGAGAAAUCAGAACACAAAGGCGAGAACAAUGCCGACCAGGCUCUCGCCCAAUUGGGCUAUACCAGCGAGCUCCCUCGCAACCUCAGCAUGCUGAGCGUUCUCGGAAUGUCUUUCGCCAUCAUGUCAGUGCCACUGGGUAUAUCCACGACUCUGUAUAUAUCCCUAACGGAUGGCCAGAGCGUGACUGCCGUCUACGGCUGGAUACUGGUAUCACUGGUGUCCUUAUGCACCGCAGCGUCCAUGGCAGAGAUUUGUGCAGUCUACCCUACCGCCGGCGGUGUGUACUACUGGUCGGCCAUAUUGAGCACCCCCAAGUGGGCGCCGCUUGUUAGUUGGAUUGACGGAUGGCUUAUACUUGUUGGUAACUGGACUGCGGCCCUAAGCAUCAACUUCUCCGGUGCCCAGGUUAUCCUGAGCGCUAUUAGCUUGUGGGACGAAGAGUACGUGCCGAAUCGCUGGCAGACUGUCCUGGCGUUCUGGGCUGUGACGCUUCUAUGCUCCCUGAUGAAUUUGUUCGGUACCCGCGUGCUUGAUGCGUUGAAUCAGGUGUGCAUCUACUGGACUGUUGCUUCCGUCAUUAUCAUUCUCGUAACGCUGCUGACGAUGUCUGAUCAUCGACGGAGCGCCGAGUUUGUCUUUACCCACUUUGAUGCGUCUGCCGCCGGGUGGCCAUCUGGCUGGGCCUUUUUCGUCGGCUUGUUACAAGGUGCAUACACCAUGAUUGGCUACGGAAUGGUGGCCUCAAUGUGCGAAGAGGUCCCCAACCCCGAGAGAGAGGUCCCCAAGGCGCUCGUUCUAUCCGUUCUUGCGGCUGGAAUUACUGGAUUGGUCUACUUGAUUCCCAUCCUGUUCGUCCUGCCAGAUGUCUCGCUGCUGCUUUCCGUCGCCAACGGGCAGCCAAUUGGUCUCAUUUUCAAAACCGUAACUGGUUCCGCCGGCGGUGGCUUUGGCCUCUUGUUCCUACUUCUGGGCAUCCUAUUCUUCGCAGGUGUUGGUGCAAUUACCGCCGCGUCUCGGUGCACGUAUGCCUUUGCUCGGGACCGCGCCAUCCCAGGCCAUCGCAUUUGGAGCCAGGUGAACAAGAAGCUGGACGUGCCCCUCUGGGCGAUUCUCCUCACUGCCGUAGUAAAUGCCCUCUUGUCUUGCAUCUACUUUGGUUCGUCGGCCGCGUUUAACUCCUUCACGGGCGUAUGCACGGUUUGCCUGUCGGCCUCGUACGGCCUCCCGGUGUUGGUGAGCGUGAUCCGUGGUCGGCAGGCCGUGGCCAAUUCUCCGUUCAGCUUGGGCAAGUUUGGCAUUGUCAUCAACUGGAUCACGGUCGGUUGGAUUGGCUUCUCUACCCUGAUUUUCUGCAUGCCAGUGGCACUCCCGGUGAAUGCAUCAACCAUGAACUAUGCGAGCGUGGUGUUUGCGGGCUUUGCUGGCGUCAGUCUGUUUUGGUACGCCAUCUACGGCAGGAAGCACUUUCAUGGUCCGCCCCUUCUGGAGGCCGAGCUUCAAAGUCUGGGGGUCCAAACAUAG